GGCUGGAGCUGGAAAGGGAGCGCUUCCCGGGACUCGGCUCGGUUCUGAGGCUCCGAAGCCGACGCCGCCGGCUCAGGCCCGGGGGUGGGAGCUGGACUGCGGGUGCAGCCGGAGCCUGGGAGCCGCCAAGCAGGGAACGCCUCAUGGGACGACCCCAGGGGCUCUCUUCGUGCCCUGCUGCGGCGUCCCAGUCUUAGGCUCCCGGGUUCCCCAGCCCGCCCCGCCCGCAGCCCGCGGCCUGUCUGGAGAAGAGUAUGAGGCCCGGGGCCCCGCGGACGCCGGCCACAGGGCGGCAGGGGCCUAGCUUCAGACCCCCGCGCCCGAGGGUGGCUGGUGAGGAGCCGCGGGAGCCGGCGAGGCGUCGGGGCGCGGAGAGGAGCGUCCCAGCCCGGGCGCCCGAAGGGCCGCGGGACCCGUGUGCGGCCUGAGUGCCAAGGAGGAGGCGGAGGCGAGGCGCCCCGCCGUCCGGGCUCUGGGAGAAGCGGCAAGGGGCUCCGCGGCGGCCCCCGACCCCUGGCCACCAUCCUCACGCUUCUGCUCCCGCGGGGGGGAUGUCGCGGCCCGGGCCCCGAGCGCCGCCCCGGCCCUGGGGCUGAGCUCCGGACCAUGUCCUCCCGCAGCCCCCGGCCCCCGCCCCGCCGCUGCCGCCGCCGCCUGCCGCGCCCCUCCUGCUGCUGCUGCUGCUGCCGACGCUCGCACCUCAACGAGGACACGGGUCGCUUCGUGCUGCUGGCGGCGCUCAUCGGCCUCUACCUGGUGGCGGGCGCCACAGUCUUCUCGGCGCUCGAGAGCCCGGGCGAGGCGGAGGCGCGGGCGCGCUGGGGCGCCACGCUGCGCAACUUCAGCGCGGCGCACGGCGUGGCGGAGCCAGAGCUGCGCGCCUUCCUCCGGCACUACGAGGCCGCGCUGGCUGCCGGCGUCCGAGCAGACGCGCUGCGCCCGCGCUGGGACUUCCCUGGCGCCUUCUACUUCGUGGGCACAGUGGUAUCCACCAUAGGUUUUGGCAUGACCACCCCCGCGACGGUAGGCGGGAAGGCCUUCCUCAUCGCCUACGGGCUGUUCGGCUGCGCCGGAACCAUCCUGUUCUUCAACCUCUUUCUGGAGCGCAUCAUCUCUCUGCUGGCCUUCAUCAUGCGCGCCUGCAGGGAGCGCCAGUUGCGCCGCAGCGGCCUGCUGCCCGCCACCUUCCGCCGCGGCUCGGCGCUCUCGGAGGCCGACUGCCUGGCGGGCUGGAAGCCCUCGGUGUACCACGUGCUGCUGAUCCUGGGCCUGUUCGCCGUGCUGCUGUCGUGCUGCGCCUCGGCCAUGUACACCAGCGUGGAGGGCUGGGACUACGUGGAUUCGCUCUACUUCUGCUUCGUCACCUUCAGCACCAUCGGCUUCGGGGACCUGGUGAGCAGCCAGCACGCCGCCUACCGGAACCAGGGGCUCUACCGCCUGGGCAACUUCCUCUUCAUCCUGCUCGGCGUGUGCUGCAUCUACUCGCUCUUCAACGUCAUCUCCAUCCUCAUCAAGCAGGUGCUCAACUGGAUGCUGCGAAAGCUGAGCUGCCGCUGCUGCGCGCGCUGCUGCCCGGCGCCCGGAGCGCCCCUGGCCCGGCGCAACGCCAUCACCCCGGGCUCCCGGCUGCGCCGCCGCCUGGCCGCGCUCGGCGCCGACCCCGCGGCCCGCGACAGCGACGCCGAGGGCCGCCGCCUGUCGGGCGAGCUCAUCUCCAUGCGCGACCUCACGGCCUCCAACAAGGUGUCGCUGGCGCUGCUGCAGAAGCAGCUGUCCGAGACGGCCAACGGCUACCCGCGCAGCGUGUGCGUCAACACGCGCCAGAACGGCUUCUCGGGCGGCGUAGGCGCGCUGGGCAUCAUGAACAACCGGCUGGCCGAGACCAGCGCCUCCAGGUAGACCGCCCGGCCGCGCCACGGACCCUCGGCGGGCUGGCGUGCCGCCGGCCGUGGUUUGCUUUCCUUCUCUCAGACGCUGGCGCUUUCUUAAUCUUUAUCCAAUAAAAUCAAACCAAAAAAAAAAUUUUUUUUUUAAAGAAAUACUAUUUGGCCAGGCCUGAUGUUAUCCAGGGCAGGUUUUGGGGGAGCCUGUUUUCCUCGUGGGUCCCCUCGUGAAGAACGGUGGCCCCCAGCAGAUUCUCCUCCAGGGAGAGAGAAAGUGGCACCUCAGACCCCCACCAGGUGCGUACCGCAGCCAGGAGAGGGCCAUCCCUGGGUUUUGCGGACUGGCACUGAACCCCGUCCCCAUGCACAUAAGCAGCCGGCAACCCCAAAGCAUAUGGUGCAACUUCUCCUGGCUCUGAAUUACCUCCGCAGCAUUUAGAAUCCUGGCCCAGCCUAGCAGCUUCCUUCUGGUCGUCAGAAGUGAUGUAGUCACAGUUUUGACAGGUGGGGGUGGGGAGAGCCAUAUGUUGCCUACCGAUGUAUAUAAAUAGAACAGCCGCUACACACGGAGAAUGGUGUAGUAUUAUGCAAUGAGAUGAAACAUAGCACCAACUUGCGGACUGUGGCAUUUCCCCGAGAUUUAGAAAUUGGGAUGGUAAGGGGCUCAGCUGGCCUUUCUCAGCCUGGAGUUUAGUGCACUUAGCACACAGGGCAGCUACUUCCAAUGCCGAAAACCCAGAGUGGACGGCAGGGCAGGGAGCAGGGGAGCACUAGGGCUGUAGGAGCCCUGCUUUGCUUCAGCCAGCUGAUCUUUGAGGCUCCAGGCACAUCUCAGAACCCCCCAACCCUCCUUUCUCUCACCAGCGCUGUCCUUGGGAAUGCUUUUCAUUACUAACCAGGAAUGUCUGAGUCUUCUCAGACGAGAUCUUGCUUUGUUGGUGUGGAUUUUGUUUCUUAACUCCCGUUGAGCAGUUCAUUUUUCCCCUUUUAGAGAACCUGAGGGUGCAGAGUGCAGUCCCCAGAACCCCUUUCUCCUCCUGUCUAAGUCAGGGCUCUGCAUGACCAGGCUCUGCCUCACCAGAAAGCAGCCAUCAUGCAAAUGUUAGAGAAUCUGGCUCCAGAGCCCAUAAUGUUUGGGGGACAGAUCCCAUUCUAAACCCUGUUUGGCCCCCACUGACAAUCAAGUGGAUUUUUCUCCACGCACAGUCUGUAUUGGAGGUGGAGGAAGGCAGGAGGUAGGGAGUUGAUGGAAUGGGUGGAUGGAAGCGGUUUUAGAGUUAAAGUUUUGCUUGGGAUGAUCCUUAAGCUGAGGGACGCCCUCUGCUGCAUAGAGGUCACUGAACUGAAGGAAGGUCAGAUGCUGCCUUCAUUGAAAGGCUGGGGGUCUUGGACUGUAAAUGAAUAAUGCUCUUUCAGCCCAUUUUCCUCACCUGAAAAGAAGGUCCCAAGGACACAUGCAACAGAAACAAUGUGACACACCAAUAUAUACAGCUUCUGAUAGGAAGUCUUACUUCUAAGACUCCUAAAGCAUCAGGACACCUCACACUGUCUGCCUGAGAGGCAUGGAAAGCCGUGAAAUCUGCACCCCCUGGCCUCCAAGGAAGCAUAUGUGCCUGGAACACGCACACACACACACACACACACACACACACACACACACACACACAGCAUUAAGAGUCAUGCUUGAAUGUCAGCCUCCCCUUUCUCCUUCCCGUUCAUGACAAGAAGGGAAAAAUGUAUUGGGAUCUGAAUGAUUCUCUAGCUUCGGGUAGCUAAUUUCUAACUCAGAUUAGGAUUGGGACUUAAACACAGCUCCUAAUCUGAGGGUAAACCAGUGACACAGAGCAGCCAGGAGAGAGGACAGUCUUGCUAGAUCCUGAAGGGUAGGCUUCCAGAGAGGAUUCGCCAUGACUGUCACUCAGGCCCGCUGGUGAGCACCCCACCCCUGCCCCACCUGAGCCGUGGCUUUAGUCCCACUGCAGUGACUGCACACUCAGAGGCACAAGUGCUCUAGGCCAAGGCCCCCUCACAGGAUCUAGAAGUAAAGUGUCAUGUUUAUCCCUCCAAAUGAAGGAAAGCUGAAAAGGCAUCCAAUUAGAGGUGUCACCCAGGCAACGAGCAAUAACUUGGGGAUCUGAAGCAUACAGAGGGGGUGAGAGAUCCCCAUGAUAGAGGCAUCUAGAUCAUGAGGACUUAAUAACAGGCAAAAUAGAAGCCAACCCAGAGGAAGUGAGCCCCAGCAACGGCACAGGAAGCUUAAGACCUAGCUAUCGAGGUUCUUUGAGCUAGACAGGCCAAAGACAUGUCCAAGCCAUCCCCCUCACCAGUGCUCAGGACUGCACAGAACCGUGUCUCUGCAGGAGGAGCAGGACCUGCCUACAGAGAAGAAGAACUCAAGACCUUCCUUGGCAGUCUUCUCUGUCAGGAGUGCUUCCUAAAGUCUAUCCUAAAUUGCUCAUGCUGCAGCCUUAGCUGUUUUCACUUCUCCUAUGUUCUGCCUUUGGAAGGAGACCAUUGUAAGCAGCUUAAGCAAGCUGCUGAAGGAGCCUUAAGCAUGGCUUAUGGGGGCAGGGAAGAGAGCCUCCCCUCUCACCAACCUCCCAGAGAAACACCAGCCUCCAGCAUACUAAGGUAGCUCAGGAUCCAGGGCCAUGCUCAUAUUUUUGCCCGUGUUCCCCUAGUCCCCCACCCAAAUUCAGUAUGUCAUUGUCCUUCACUUCAGGCCAGAGGGCUCAGUGUUCCAAAUGCCAGGGGCUGCUUCUCUGGAAAAGCUGGGCUCCCAAAUUUAGGGGGAUUGAUGGAGCCUAGACCCAUACCUACAGACUUAUGUGGCAUCCUGCUUGAGGGUGAGCCCUGAGAACCAGGACCGGGGUCCUACCAUCAUUUCAGGGAUAGUGACACUGAUAGGGACCCCUUUCUUUGGUGCAGGUUCUUCUGAACCUCAGGCCCCAUAAGAAAGGGCUCCCCAUUCGCUUAGAUACUGUGGCCCAUCCCACCAUGCAGGACUCUCCAAUUUGACCCAAAGUUGGUAGCUCACUGCAGUCUGCCGUUGUCCCCGCUCCUCAGGUUGCUGCCUCACCUUAAGCCCCUACUCACCCCUCCCAGGCUGGGACUAUGGGGCCCUAAGCAGCCCUUGACACCCGCUGUGGCCACACAGAGGCCAGGGUCUUAGUGAGCAGCUGGGACUUCUCAGAGAUGAGCAGGCAAAUAAAGAAGCCACCCUUGAUGUCCUUGCUUGCUAAUAAGGCCAGGUGGUCAGGCUCUUCUGUCCUUUGAUUGAAGCCAGAGCCUCUGGGCCUGGAGAAGGAGUCAGAAGGCUCAGGUAGUGUCAUGCCUUCUGUUUGUGGAAAAUGCCAGUCGUCCUGGGCAUUUGUCCAGGAGCUUCACACAUCACAGCAUCAUGUGCACCUACAUGCACUCACACACCAGCCUUACAAAGAGCCACUAGCCCCUUCCCCCAAGGAAAAAUCCAGUCUAGAUCACGUUGAGAAGAAAGAUUCCCCAUUUUUAACUCCCUGGAGAUCUACUAGGGCCUGGAAAAUUCCUCUCCUCCUUGGGGGAGUUUCGCGUACACUUUGCAUGAAUUUGAAUCUGUGUUUUACAUAGAAGCCAGCGUCCAAACCCAAGCCAAACCCUGGAAAAUAGCUGCUAAAUUUACAGCAGGGCUCCUCCAUCCCUGUGGCCUCCUAGCAAAUGCCCUCUUCCUGUGUGCUUUGGGGGUGAGGGUGGCUGAGCCCUCACAGCCGAAGGAGAAGCUUCUGGGGAGCUGAGGCAUAUGGAAGUCCACAGAGGUGGAGACUGCAGGAGCUGUGGGCCAGGUGGUUCCGUCUUACUGUAAUUUCUUACAUUCUUAACAAAAAGCACAAUUCCACACACACACUGUCUGGAAAGCACAUCCAGACAGACUGCUUAGGGCCUUUCUGAGUCCAGAAGAGGCGCUGGGGCUUCUCUGUCACAGGGGUUGUUGUACAGCGAGCUCAUCGCGGUGCCGGUGCCACUGAAGGCUGCACACUCUGUGGGGGUUAGGCAGGGAGAGGGGACGCAGAAGGGCUGCUGGAACCAUUCCCGACCCAGGGCAGGCUCCUCAGCAUGGACUCGGGGCCUGGACUCUUGCCCCUGGGGCAGGCCUAGCACUUUCAGGCACCUCGUUAAGCGCUGAGAAGCGAUGAGAUUUCUGUACUAACCUGGCCCAAGACCCUCUUCCCCUCUCUUUCAGCCUCUUCCUCCUCUCUCCCCUCCCUAGGGAAGCUCCACCUUGCUUUACAAAUCAUUUUCUAUGCUACUGUGUUCUCUCAGGAGGGGGUUAGAGCAUGCGGGGUGAGCCUGCAGGGUUUCUUAAACAAUACAUUUAUUUUUCUGAGCAGUAACUCCAAGACAGGAGUUGAAGGGUGUUUAAAUUAACGAUGAAUAAAAUGCAGCCUGCCACCUC